AUGAUUCGACGGCCUCCCACUGUCGUCUCACUGAACGACGAGGAGAUCCAAUGCCACCUCCAGCGUGCAUUUUCAUUAACGCUGCCUCUUGAGUUCAAUCAACUGCAUUUGAAAGACGGGGGUCAGAGUGACGAUGGCCACACCUUUGCCGGUGGUUGCUCCGAGGGCGGCGUUGCCUCUUCAGACUCUGAUGGCGGAUUUGAUUUCACCACCAUGCCUGACUCAACCGGAGGUUCAUCCUGUGUUGAUAAAGACUUUUCUUCAGACGGGAUGCCCUCUUUGACAGCUCCCCAUGCCUUUUCGCGUGUCGCAAUGAGCGCAUCAAUCCACCAACCUCCUGAACCAGACAGGCCUCCCGAUACCGCGAACCAGAUAUCCACUCUUCUCCCGCGGUACCGAACAUGGCGAUCUUGCGAGUCGCUGGGUGUCAAAUCAACCUUGAACGCCUCCCGGCGCGAGCUGAAACUGCACAGUAUAGGGCCUCGGGAGAUGAAUAAACCAGGUUUGGCCCAUCUUGCGUGA